AUGACGGUGGACCUCGAUCAAUAUCUCAAGCCUGGUAAAGACCACUACAUUGCACUUGGCCUCGAAGGCUCUGCCAAUAAACUUGGUGUCGGAGUUAUCAAGCACCCAAAGGGACAACUAUCGCCUUUGAAUCGGGCCCAAGUAUUGUCAAAUAUCAGAGAUACUUAUAUAACACCACCGGGCGAAGGUUUCUUACCACGAGAUACAGCAAGGCAUCAUCGUAACUGGGUAGUGCGUGUGAUCAAGCGAGCUUUGGCUACUGCGCAAAUCAGAGGUUCUGAUAUUGAUGUCAUUUGUUUCACCCAAGGUCCUGGAAUGGGAGCACCAUUACAGAGUGUCGUAAUGGCAGCAAGGACAUUGGCACAGCUCUGGGAUUUGCCGCUAGUUGGAGUCAAUCAUUGUGUGGGUCAUAUUGAAAUGGGUCGUGAAAUCACAGGAGCAAACAACCCCGUGGUGUUGUAUGUGAGUGGUGGGAAUACACAAGUCAUUGCGUACUCGAAACAACGAUAUAGAAUAUUUGGCGAAACGUUGGACAUUGCCAUUGGUAAUUGUCUUGACCGGUUUGCAAGAACUUUGAAAAUCCCUAACGAACCGGCACCAGGUUACAAUAUCGAACAAUUGGCGAAAAUGGGAAAGCAUUUGGUCAACUUGCCGUAUACGGUGAAGGGAAUGGACUUGUCCAUGUCGGGGAUAUUGGCAUACAUCGAUGGUGUUGCUAAAGACUUGUUCAAUAAGAAGCAAAGCAAAAACUUGGUCGAUGAAGAAACGGGUGAGCCCAUCACUGCUGAAGAUUUAUGUUUUUCCUUGCAGGAGAUUUUGUUCAGUAUGUUAGUAGAAAUAACUGAACGUGCCUUGGCUCAUGUUGACAGUAAUCAAGUAUUGAUUGUUGGCGGUGUCGGAUCAAAUGAGCGCUUACAAGAAAUGAUGAAGUUGAUGAUUGAGGAUCGUAAAAAUGGGCAAAUUUUUGCCACUGAUGAGCGUUUCUGCAUUGAUAAUGGUAUAAUGAUUGCUCAUGCAGGGUUGUUGCAGUACAGAACUGGACAAACUAAUGACCUUACGGACACUGUGUGUACUCAGAGGUUCAGGACAGAUGAAGUGUUUGUCAAGUGGAGGGAUGAUUAG